CCAUGUCAUUUUACAAUUGGUCUUUGUUGUCCAAUAUGCUAACACCAAGGUGAUUAUAACAAAGUUUAUAUUAAUUUAUUGAUUAUUCAAUUUUUUUUUUCCGGGAACAGUGUCCUCCUCCAAAUAAACCUGUUCCCAUUAUACUUAUCUCCUCCUUUCUUCUUCUUCUAAUUAACAUUUUCACAUUUUUUUCUCAUCAGUAUUUUGUAUUCAUUGCUAAUAUAAUGGUUUUUUUCAGCUUAAUAUUUUCUUGACAGAUGCUUAUCAUUAGGUGGGGAUGGGAUUGAUCAACUCUUUGUUUGGGAAAAAUGUCAGAAGAUUUAUCAAGCGAAGAGACAGUGAUGCAGGCGAAGCAGGUUUUAUUUAUGUAUUUAUUUUUUUAUGUAGAGCAUUGGAAGACCUCAGAGGUUCUCUUUAUAAUGAACUCCGAACUUCAGAAGGAGCCAAGCGUCAACAACAGAGAUGUUGCGGGCCUGUUGUGGCAAUGUCCUUCAAUUUCAUGGUUGCAGUCGGAAUAAUUAUGGCGAACAAAUUAGUCAUGGGGAAAGUCGGGUUUAAUUUCCCAAUUUUUUUAACAUUAAUCCACUACGCUUCUGCUUGGCUUUUACUUGCCAUUUUCAAGGCAUUCUCAUUGCUUCCGGUAUCUCCUCCUUCUAGAACUACUCCUUUCUCGUCUCUCUUCUCGUUGGGUGCUGUCAUGGCUCUUGCAUCUGGCCUUGCCAAUACAAGUCUAAAGCAUAACAGUGUUGGUUUCUACCAGAUGGCUAAAAUCGCGGUCACUCCAACCAUUGUUCUUGCAGAGUUCAUUCUCUUCAGGAAAACUGUUUCUACCAAUAAGAUUCUGGCUCUAGUCAUUGUCUCAGCAGGUGUGGCAGUUGCAACUGUAACGGAUUUAGAAUUCAAUUUCUUUGGCGCCUGCAUUGCAGUCGCGUGGAUAAUCCCAAGCGCCGUAAAUAAAAUCCUCUGGUCUAAUCUGCAGCAGAAAGGCAACUGGACUGCCCUUGCGUUAAUGUGGAAGACUACCCCUGUCACCGUCUUCUUCUUACUAGCUCUGAUGCCAUGGUUGGACCCUCCCGGGGUAUUAUCCUUCAAGUGGAACCUUAGUAACUCAACUACUGUCGUUGUAUCAGCUGUCCUCGGUUUUCUCUUGCAAUGGUCCGGAGCUUUGGCACUUGGAGCCACUUCUGCAACCUCUCAUGUUGUUUUAGGCCAAUUUAAAACUUGUGUCAUUUUACUUGGAGGGUACUUGGUUUUUAAUUCAGAUCCAGGGUUUGUGAGCAUUUGUGGGGCUUUUACAGCUCUAUGUGGAAUGUCAGUCUACACAUCACUUAACUUGAGGGAGUCGAGUGAGGCUGCGACUAACCAGCUUCCGAAGAAUCUUCCAAAGCCAAUUUCAUCUUCUCCUUCCAAACCCAAGUAUUCUGAAGACAACAACAACACAGAGAAGUCAAAUGUAAAUGAUACCUCAAACAUUGUUUGAAUUAAACAAGCUUAUAGA